AGAAGAAGUAAAGAGCCAAUCACAAACCAGGGCUCCAUAUUGAACCGAUGAUUUGCUUCAAACCACUACUCUUUUUAUAGUUUAGUUUUUACAGUUUACUUUGGGUUUGGUUCCCCUAAAGAAGCCGCAACUCGAAUAAGAAGACAAGUGACUUUAUACUCACUUGCUAACAAUGAAGCUAACGGACAUCAAAAAGUUAAAAGUGCCCGAGCUGCGGUCCAGACUUAAUGAACUUGGGUUGGACGGCAGGGGACUGAAGGCUGAGCUGGUAGGCAGGCUGUGGUCUGCAUUAGAGGCAGGACAAAGUGGAAAAGACGGUGAGGAAACGCCAAAACUACUAAACGACAGCUCACUGACACUUUCGGUACAGACGAAGACAGUGGACGUCCGCGCUCCGUCCUCAUCACCACCGACAGAAGCUGGUGUUACUGCGCCAUGUAAACUAGACUGUACCAGACAUUACACAGACUCCGCCACACAGACAGAGACUCAUACUGGUCUGCCAGAGACUCAUACUGGUCUGCCAACACCACAGCAAGGCUCUGAGCUUAUUUCAGACUGUGUACCAGAGUACCAAGCGGAGGAGGGAGAGGCUGAGAUGCAGCAGGGAGAUGCAGAGGGAGAUGCAGAGGAUCCCGGGGAGGACAGCGGGGCUCAGGCAUCACACGAGAUGGACCGAGGAAGAGCUUUCUACGAGUUCAAAGAGGAGAUACGAUACAAAAGAGCCAAAUCACCACAACCUCCAGUGGACAGAGAGGUGACAGAGGAGGAAGAUGAAGAUAAAGUCAGACUAGAUCCAUAUGACAGUCACCUCCACUUUGAGGUGGGUCCUGAUUGUUCAUGCGGCCAGCCGCGGUUCUGGGCUCGAUUCCCCUUGCUGUGGUCAGGCUGCAGGCUCACCCACGGGGUGCUGCAGGGCAGGGUGGGCUUUGAGGUGAGGCUGGAGAGGAAGUUGUUGACUGCACAGCUGGAGGAACAAGAAGACAUGGAUCCUUACGGCCUGAGAGUAGGCUGGUCAGUGGCCAGCACCUCUCUACUGCUGGGUGAAGAUGAAUUCUCUUUUGCUUAUGAUGGGCGCGGUAAAAAAGUGUCAGGAGGGAAGGAGGAAGAGUUUGGAGAACCCUUCUCAGAGGGGGAUAUCAUUGGCUGUUACGCUUCUUUCUUCACAGAUGGCGCUGUUGAGGUCUCUUUCCAUAAGAACGGUCGUUUCAUGGGUGUGGCCUUCUCCAUGGGCGCCUCUGUGCUUCUGGGUCGUGCUCUGUUCCCUCACGUCCUCUGUAAGAGCUGUUCAGUCAGAUUCCACCUGGACCCCACAGCUUCUCCCUGGUACCCCGGCCCUCCAGGCUUCACACCGCUGGCAGCUCUUUCUGCUGGGCAGAGGGUGCGCACCACAUUGGCUCCUACCUUCAGAGCGCAGUGUGAGGUGUUGUUGAUGGUUGGUCUUCCUGGUUCUGGGAAGAGCCACUGGGCCCGGACUCACAUGCAGCAGCAUCCAGAGAAACAGUACAGGCUGUUGGGCACGGAGGAGCUGCUUGCAUGUAUGAUUAGUGGUGGACAGAGGGACAGCAGGCUGCAGCAGGCCUCUCAGUGUCUAACUGAUCUGAUCAAGAUGGCUGCUCAGACUCCCGGCAACUAUAUUCUCGACCAGUGCAACAUCCUCUUCUCUGCACGGCGUCACAAGCUGCAGCUGUUUACAGGCUUCAGGUGCCGGGUGGUGGUGGUCUUUCCCUCAGAAGACGAGUGGAAAAGAAGACUGACCGAGCACCAGACGAAUGACGGGGAGCAGAUCCCCGAGACCGCCCUGCUCAAACUCCAAGUGAGCUGUAGUCUUCCAGAGCAGCAGAGUGACCUGCUGGAGGAACUGCAGUUUGUUGAGCUGCCUCAGGAACAGGCACAGACGCUCCUGCAGGAGUAUAAAGGCGAGGCUCGCAGACUGCUGCCCCCCAUCCCCAAACAGGUGAAGAAGAAACCCCGACCUCACAAGAACAGACCCCACCCUCACGGCCCGCCACCCUCACAUAGGAGCCAGUGGACUGGACUUAAUGGGUGGAACGACAUGAGACUCAACAUGCAGCCAUGGAGGCAGCAGCCAAGAUAUUGGAACAUGGCUAAACAGGACCAGGGCUGCUACUACAGAGACUUUGGUUACAGCAGUUAUGACGGUUACUGGUGAAGAAACCUGGAGCGAGAAGAAACAGAUGCUGCUGCUGCUCGAUCUGUGUUUACAAGGACAACAAUUAUACUGUCUUUUUUUAUUUAAAAAACUAAACUAACUACAUCAGCAAGUACUAUGAUACAGAGAACUACAGACUACAGUGUGUGUUGCACUCGCUGCUUCGGCCAAUCAAAGAUAAUCAGUGUUGUAGUAUUUAAAAUCAUUUUAACGCUAAAAACCAGGUCAUUUUUUAGGAUUUUUAUUCAAAAUAUUUUUUUUAAAAUUGCGUCAUGUUUUUACUGUACAGUGUACAAAUGAUUAAAAAUAUACAGUAUUUUGCACAGUUAUGGUCAGAGAGUGCUUAAAGUCAAAGAGUAAUAAAUCCCUGAACUUUGA